CGUGCGUGCGUGUGUGUGUGUGAUAUGUAUGUAGGUAGAUAGGGCUGGACUGGAAGAUGGGGAGAGACUGGAGACAGUGAUAGUGACUGGUUCUGUUCAGCCGAGGGAGUUUGCUUGAAAUACCUUUAACAUAAGAGUAAAACAUCUUCUUGGAGAGAUACAGUCCUUCUGAUUGAAAUUAAACCUGAAUUCAGAAAGCAAUACAGCCCUACACAACGUGAUGUAUAUCUUCCCCAGUACUAAUUGAAAACCACUGCGGCGCCGUACCCAUGCUGUGCAUGACACAGAUAAUGGUGGAAACGUGUUAUCACACCGUCCUGUCGUAGACUACUGGACUGCCCACAGUGUCUGGAGGUAACAGGUUUUGUUGACACAGACAUCGUGUGUACAUGCUUGUCGUCCAGCGAGGUAAAGCAAGAUGCUUAUUUUGACAUCACAGUAAUUGACUGAUAGAUUCUGAAGCAAACCUAUAGUUAGUGGCAGCAAUGGCUGGUAAUUGAUCCCGUGGGUUCUGAUUGUGGAUGAUGAGGAGCUCCCCUCUAGCACCAAUUCCUUCCAUUGAUCCGCAUAUGGGAUUGAUUCUUCUGAGAGAGCAGUUUGCCACUGUCGCUGAAUCACAGGUAGAUGAAGACGACUAGAGGCAACAAUAAGCCUCGCUCGUCCGAUCUCUCCAACACGCCGACAGCUAUGCUUCAAUACAGGUGGAAUGUUUAGAUGGGAACAGAAGACGAUGUCGGACGCGCGGCUGCACAGUUUGGGUGUGGUCAGUCUGGCCUACCUGAUGUCCAGUCUGACUUGUGCUGUAAACAUUGGAUUCAUCUACCACGAAUCAUACAACGCUAGCAACGUCCUGACGACGACCUUGCCCUACGUCACCGCGAACGACUCAUCAUCCCCUGUAGGUAUAGUGGAGAUACGCCUGGCAGAUGGGAAGAUAGGGGAUGCCAUACUUAAAGUUUGUGAACAGGUUCAGAAUCACACUAUAGGAUUCGUUGUUGUCUCCCCCUGUCACCUGCUGACCAUCCUAGAGGGCGCUGUGGGUCGUCUCGAUGUUCCUGUUCUCGGUAUUCACUCUGACCCCUGCCACCACAAGGCCACGAUACCCUCAACCUUCCGGGUACAGCCUCCCGCCGUGUACCGCUAUAACGCCAUCACCAGUCUGGUGCUUGCCGGCAACUUUAUCCAGGUCACCAUUCUCUCAGAUGAGUCAGAGACUCAGGUAACACACUUCCGGUCCCUUCUCUCUGGUGCCUUUGUUGAAUCGUCCGUGACAUACAUGCAUGGAGGCUACAACGCACCAACUGCGACAGCACUGUUGUCAAGAGUAACCGACAACGACGAGUCGACGACGUGCCUCCUCCUGAUGCUGGGGGAAGCAUCACUUAAAGCAGUUUCACGUCUUCUAAACACCACUGAAUACAACUUCGAAGACCACAUAGCCAUUGUUGUGCCAUCUUCAGCUGUCAGCUCCACUCACGGACUAGAAGGCUUCGCUAAGUUCAGGGACGUCCUCUACAUACCUACAGCCAAGCCCACCUCUCCCAGCGAUGCCAAGAGCUUGAAUACAACAGAUGCACACGUGGAGGACUCCUUCAAAGCCCUCAUAGCGGCGAUCAGCGUCAACCUGGCAACGACAGACAACGUCACCGCCAGACGCUGCGGAGACAGCUAUGUCAAUGUAUCAUCUGUAGUUCACCACGUGACUAACAGCUUACGUAAGUUGGAAACAAACAGUACGCUGUUUGACAACAAAGGACACAAUCUGAUGGGUCAUUACAACAUCGAGAGGUUGAGGUACCAGAACAAUACGUUGACAUCAGAGCACGUGGCCAGGUGGUCCAAGAUGGGUGGGCUGGACGUCCCUUGGGGAACUCAGUUGUUCCGCGAAAGCACCAAGGGUCUGGGAAACAUCACCCUGAGGGUGGGCACUACCGUGGCUGCACCAUUUGUGAUGAAGCUGCCCAACAACACCGGCUGGGAGGGGUUCUGUGUCGACAUCUUGGACGAGCUGGCGGCGAGGCUCAACUUCAGGUACGAGCUGAUACAGUCUCCUGACGAGUUCUGGGGAACGGUGGAUGAAGACGGCAACUGGAACGGCGUGGUGGAGAUGACGAGGAAGAGGUCCGUUGACCUGGGUAUUGGGCCCAUCAGUCUGACGUCAGAGCGGGAGAGGGUGAUUGACUUCACCAAGCCAUAUAUGGAGGAAGGGGCGGGCAUCAUUCUCAGGCGUUUCGAGGACAAAAGCAGCAAGAUUUUCAGAGUGUUCAAGCCGUUCUCUGAGAGUGUGUGGUUGGCCGUGGCUGGAGCCGUGCUGGUGGUGGGCUUCACAUUGGCCCUGGUCAACCACCUUAGUCCCUUAAAGCUGCAGCAGACGGAUGAGGAUGGGGAGGGGAACAGAAAUACGGAGAUCAGCACGUCAGACAACAUCUGGAUAGUGUACGAGUCCUACAUGGAGCAAGGUUGUGAGAUAUCUCCGCCUAACAUAUCCGGCCGAUUCAUACUGGGGUUUUGGUGGGUGUUCACUAUACUUAUGGUGGCCUCCUACAAGGCCAAUCUCGUCGCCUUCCUCACCGUCAACUUCGUGGGCAAACCCAUCAGGAACGUCGACGACCUCGCUGAGCAGACUGUCAUAAAGCCCCUGGUUAAACAAGGCUCCAACCUUUACCAAGAACUCCAGAAAGGAGAAACAGAGACUUUCCGGAAGUUGUGGGCAAUGGUGAAAACAGCGCCACCUGUGAAGAACAAUGACGAGGCUCUCCACUUGGUUCUGACUGGUGAUUAUGCACUGCUGACUGACCAAUCACAGAUCGAGUUUCUGCGUAUGACAGACUGCGAGAAUCUCAUGUCUGGCGAGACUCCAUUCAAUGUAGGGGGUCUGGGUUUCAUUGUGCCAGAAUCAUCCCCAUUGCUUGAGAUCUUGUCCUUUAAUCUGAUCCAGCUCCAGGAGGCGGGUCUGAUCGGAAAGUGGCGACGCAGGUGGUGGUCACCUAGUUCCAUGUGCCCGACGUCCAGCCAGACCAGUACGGUCCAGAGUCUGGAACUGGAGAGUACAAGUGGCCCAUUCUUGGUGUUCGCCGGCUCCACCACCUGCGCCCUCCUCUGUCUAGGGGUGGAGUGUGUGUACUUCAGAGUAAUGGGCAGGGGCAAGGUGUGUUGCAAGUCGCGUGGGCCAGCAAGACCACGGGAAACAGAAGACGGCAGUUCCAGAGAAGACACCACUAACGAGAGGUUCUAGGAGACAGACCAGUACUAGACAGUACCAGUACUAGAUUACCUCACACUGUGAUGCCAUGUCGGGAUGCUGGAUGAACAUAGAAAAUACCAUAUACACGUCCAGUUGUAUCAUCCCGCCUUGCUGGACACAAGCGUGUGUUUGAAGAGCUAUACAUACCCACACUGAACCUAUACCAAUGUUAUCGCAUACAUGAGUUAAGUAAAGGUGCAGCCAGUAAUUACAACUACCAUCAUCCAUAUCUAUGUUCACAACAUUAACGUGCAAUGUGUACUGAAGACCUUGUAUAUAUAUCACAUGUUCUCAUUUUCGUGUGCAAAAAUUUGAUGUGUUCUGUGAAGUUUCUGUGUACAAUAUGUGUACAAUAUGUACGAGAUACCUGUCAAUAUCAUGUACAGAAUAUGUAUGCAAUGUCCGACAUUCUUGCCUGGAGCAGCUACAACGUAACUAUAAUGUGAAUCGCGUAAGAAAUGUAUCCUUGCAUUGAUUUCUAUCAUAUUUUAUUGAUAUCUGAAAUUGUAAGCCCGCCUCAUUGAACAUCAGCUACUUGUUGUUAAACCUGAAGCAGUCUUAAAAACUACUGGCUCAAUCGUUUUCGAGGUCAUUUCAUAUACGGUGAAAUUAACAAACUUCUUUUCAGUCAAUAGUCCCCUAUGAGAGGCAAGCUGACAUGUUUCCCUGAUCAAUAUGUUGCAUGUAUCAUUAACAACGACUGUUUAGAUAAUAAACAUACACUUCAUCAA